AUGAAGUCUUGUUCCAUCAACUCACACGCCUCUCUCUUUUCUCGCAGAGAGCAGCCCAUCUUCACCACCCGAGCGCAUGUCUUCCAGAUUGACCCCAACACCAAGAAGAACUGGAUGCCUGCGAGCAAGCAGGCAGUCACAGUGUCCUACUUCUACGAUGUCACCAGGAACAGCUAUCGGAUCAUCAGUGUUGACGGAGCCAAGGUGAUCAUAAACAGCACAAUCACACCCAAUAUGACUUUCACCAAAACGUCGCAGAAGUUUGGGCAGUGGGCCGACAGCAGAGCCAACACGGUGUUUGGUUUGGGGUUUUCCUCGGAGCAGCAGCUGACAAAGUUUGCAGAGAAAUUCCAGGAAGUGAAAGAAGCGGCCAGACUAGCCAGAGACAAGUCCCACGAGAAAAUCGAGACCCCGAGUAAUCAUUCCCAAGCAUCCAGUGUCAAUGGGACGGACGAUGAGAAGGCCUCUCAUGCGGGUCCUGACACACACCUGAAGUCUGAGAAUGACAAGCUGAAGAUCGCUUUGACACAGAGUGCCGUCAACGUGAAGAAAUGGGAGAUCGAGCUGCAGACCCUGCGAGAGAGCAAUGCCCGGCUGACCGCGGCGCUGCAGGAGUCGGCUGCCAGCGUGGAGCAGUGGAAGAGGCAGUUCUCCAUCUGCCGCGAUGAGAAUGACCGGCUCCGGAACAAGAUUGACGAGCUGGAAGAACAAUGCAGUGAGAUAAACAGGGAGAAGGAGAAGAAUACUCAGUUGAAGAGAAGAAUUGAGGAGCUGGAAUCGGAACUCCAAGAAAAGGAGACAGAGUUGAAAGACCUCCGAAAACAAAGUGAAAUCAUACCUCAGCUCAUGUCAGAGUGUGAAUACGUCUCUGAGAAGUUAGAGGCGGCAGAGAGAGACAAUCAAAACCUGGAAGACAAAGUGCGUUCUCUCAAGACGGACGUUGAGGAGAGUAAAUACCGACAGCGCCACCUGAAGGUGGAGCUAAAGAACUUCCUGGAGGUGCUGGAUGGGAAGAUCGACGACCUCCACGACUUCCGCCGAGGCCUCUCCAAGCUGGGCGUGGACAACUAGGGCGGCCCUGGGCCCGCUCGUGAGUCCCCAGUGUGUGUGUGACACGAAGUAGGACUAGGACGUUCUCCCGUUUGCGUUGCUUCUGUACGUGCAGGCGCAGUUUGUCGUGUUUUCAAACCAGUUGUGCCGUCCACUCUCUCCUCUCCAGAAUAGAAAUCUCUCGCUUGUCUGGCCUUGCGAGGUUGUGGACAACUGGAAGAUUCUGACUCAGGAAUCCAGAACUAGGUCUACCUUAAAUGUUUACGCAGUUAGGGCAGGGAUGUUUAUAUCUUUCUUAAGGGCUGUUGCAACCAUAUGAACUGAAAAAAGUAUUUUCUAAUCCAAAUAUGAAUAUCCUUUACACCUCCUUUUUCUGAAUAGCGUUCAGAGUGUUUGAAUGCCCACCAGGCACCAGUGCGUGGGGCAUGGAGGUGACAACUUCCCUCUCAGUAAAUAUUGAGAUGCUUUAAAACAAGCACUUGGUAGAGACUUGUCCAGAAAAAGAAAACAAGUUUCUGGUGGGUGUAUUUUCUGGCAUGGGAAUCACCUAUCCACUCGACCCCCUUCCACCCACUCCCGUUUGUAGGGUUGCAACAAUGUUCCUUUUCUUGGUUUUCAUUUCUGAGCAGAUUACUGUGCUGUGGGAACAGCACAUGGUGAGGGUGCCUAGCAGUGCCUGGCACAAAGUAGGUGCUUAAUAAAUAUUUGUUCACUCAAACAUAU